AUGACAGACUUGACGUUCCUCUUCCAAGAAAUGGCCAAAUGUCUCUUUGUCGGGUACCGAGCCCUUACCGUCAACGAAACUCCAGUAUCGUGUCUUAUAGAGGACAUAGAAACCAAUGAGAUUCUUUCCAUCGGCUACAAUUACACGAAUAUCUCCUUGAAUGGAACCAAGCAUGCUGAGUUUAUUGCAGUGAAGCGACUUCGUGAUUCUAAUCUAAAUAUCGACUUUGGAAAGGUGCGGUUGAUUGUUUCUGUGGAGCCCUGUAUCAUGUGUGCUUCAUUCUUGCGACAGUUGGGAAUUGGUGAGGUUGUCUACGGUUGUAGCAACGAUCGUUUUGGAGGUAAUGGCACCGUGUUACCAAUUCAUCUGGAUCCAAACUUGCCCCAAGAGCCAUACUGUAGUUAUGGAGGUAUUCUUAGAUCCGAGGCUAUUCAAUUGCUUCGAAACUUUUACAUCCAAGAAAACGAGUCAGCACCCCAGCCCAAAAUCAAGAAAAACAAAGACAUAGAGAACAAGAAGUUUCCUACAAACAAAUUCAAUUUGACCAAGGACCAGUUCGUCGAGCAUUAUGGAAAGGAACGCCUUCCGGUCUAUGAAUCUGGAGAAUAUGAAAUCACACCUAUUGUAGGUAAAGGGUAUAGUCUUAAUGAGAUUAUCAGCCUAAAGGAUUUGAAGGAUAUUCCAUUUUUGGAGGAGGAACUUGGCGAAGUCAACGAGGAGGUUGUGAAUGAGUUUUUUGAUCUUUUCUUCGAUGUAGGUGAAGAUGGAAGAGUCAACUAUGGGAAAACUAUAAGGAAGUAUAACGCAAAGAAGAGACACCACGAGGAGUGA